AUGAUGAAAUUUGAACUGUGGCAUUCUCAUUUUGGUUUUCAAGUUCACCAGCUCGUGGACCUUAUAUACAAGAAAAGAAUGGCUUUAAUAGGUGAAAAAUUCUUAUAUUGUGCUUUCUUUCCUUUUGGUUCGCAGAACACCAAGAAAUCAAGAACUCAAGUUGAUCAGGUUGAUUAUCACCCUCUGACCUUGAAUCUAAGAACAAGAGCUUUUCGUUUAUCAACUGUACAAAAUCUCAGCUCUAUGUGUAGCUUUCUGGAACUGGGAAGUUUGAUGGAUAGAGGGUGUUAG